GAUAAUGUGCAUUGAUAUGAAAUCACACAGAUUGAAGUCGAAGAUGAAUGGUUCUUGAUUGAGUAUUAUGUUUUUUAAUUUUAUUCUUUUGUUAUUAUUGUUUAAACCUUUUGUUAUAAGAUUUUUCUAUACUAAAAGUACAAAAAAAAUUAUCUUUAAAUUAAUUUGACCCUUUUUUUACUUUAAAUUCAAUUAUUAAAUAAUUAUUUUUAUAAUUUUAAUGAAAUUCAUUUAAUAGUUUAAGUUUUGUAAUAUCAAACUAGAACAUGGAAAGUUGAGUUAAAUAAUUUUAAUUUAUAUGAUUUUAUCAAAUUGAAAAAAAAAAAAAAUGAAUAGUGAUGAAGGAGACAUUCGUUGGUAUCAUGGAAAGAUAUCUAGAGAUACAGCUGAAGUAAUUUUAUUGGAUCAUGAGAUUAAAGACGAUGGUUUAUUUUUAGUUCGAGAAAGUAAUUCUGCAUCUGGAGAUUAUGUACUUUGUGUUUUACAAAAUAAUGAAAUAGUUCAUUAUCAAAUUAGACGACAUGGUGAGGAUGCUUUUUUCUCUAUUGAUGAACAAAAUAUUAUGCAUGGGCUUGAAACCUUGAUUGAGUAUUAUAGUAAAGUAAAUGAUCCAAGUUUAGGAGUACAGCUUACUAAACCUAUAGUUAAAGAUCCUCCACCUCAUGAUACUAGAAGACAUGGACGCACUAAUCUUUUGCAUCGAGCUAUUACACAAGCUAAUUGUAAAGUUGUUUCUGAAUUGUUGAAAUGUGGUUAUAGAAAUCUUGAAGCUAAGAAUCAAGAAGGUCAAACUGCAUUACAUUUAGCUAGUCAAAUGGGCCAUGAUCAAAUUGUUGAAAAACUUAUUUCAUGUGGUGCUAAUGUUAACUGCCGUGAUACUGAAGGUUAUACACCAUUGCAUUUUGCAUGUCAAAAUAAUUUAUUAAGUACAGUAAAAGUUUUGUUAACCAUUGGAGGUGCAAAUAUUCAGUUAAGAAAUUCAUCUACGGGAUGGGUUGCUCUGCAUGAAGCUGCAAGUAGAGGUCACAUGGAUAUUGUAACUUUAUUGUUGUCUAUGAAUGCUCCAUCAAAACCUAGAACCUAUGGUGAUCUUACACCUGCAGAUAUUGCCCAUACAAAUGGACAUGUUGAAAUUGAAAGACUAUUAAAAGAAUAUGUUCCUCCAAUGCCAUUAUCAAGACGUGAUAAGUGGUAUCAUGGAAAACUUGAUCGUCAUGAAGCAACCAGUAUACUAAAAAACAAAGGUAUUGAUGGUAGCUUUUUAAUCAGACUAAAUAGACAAAGUGGAUAUGUUUUAUCAAUGUUAUCUGGUGAUCAAUGUUACCAUUUUCAAGUACAAGAUAGAGAUAAAUAUUAUUUCAUUGAUAAUGGUCCAUAUCUCGAUUCUUUAGAGCAUUUAAUACAACAUUAUACACUUUUCCCAGAUGGUUUACCUAAUAAAUUAGAAGUGCCUAUAGUUCCUGCUGUGAUACCUCCAUUACCAAAAGGAUUUCCUUGUAAAACAUUGAAGAAACCAAAACCUAAGCAAACAGAUUUCCAAGAUAAUAUCAUGAGAGAUAAUUUAAUUUUAGAUGAAGUAAUUGGAGAAGGUGAAUUUGGAUCUGUAUAUAAAGGUGUAUAUCAAAAUCGAGAAGGUUUCGAAGAAAAAGUUGCCAUAAAAAUGCUUAGGUAUGAUAUGUCAUCAGCAAAUAAAUCUGAGUUUUUACGUGAAGCACAAGUUAUGAUGAGUUUAGACCACGAAUGUGUAAUUAAACUGAUUGGUAUAUGUGAAGGUCCUCCUUUACUAAUGGUACAGGAACUUAUAGCACUGGGUUCUAUGCUAACGUAUAUAGUAGCACAUCCUGAAUUAGUUAGUCCUAAUUAUGAAUUAAAAAUGUGGGCUGCUCAAAUUGCUUCAGGUAUGUCUUAUUUAGAACAAAAACGUUUUGUACAUAGAGAUUUAGCAGCUAGGAAUAUACUUUUAGCUGAUAGACAUCAAGCAAAAAUAAGUGAUUUUGGAUUAUCUCGUACAUUGAAUAUUGAUAAAGACUAUUAUAGAGCUUCACAUGGUGGACGUUGGCCUAUUAAGUGGUAUGCACCAGAAUCUUGCAAUUAUGGAACAUUUUCCAGUGCAAGUGAUGUAUGGAGUUAUGGUGUAACAUUAUGGGAAAUGUUUUCAUAUGGACAACAACCUUAUGGUGACAUGAAAGGUGUAGAUGUGAUUGGUAUUUUAGAAAAAGGUGAAAGAUUACAAAGAACUGCACGAUGUCCUAAUGAAGUUUAUAAAACCAUGGAGAUGUGUUGGGCAUAUAAUCCUAAAGAACGGCCUACAUUCAGUCAACUGUCUAAAAUUUUUGCUUCAGACUCAGAUUACGAAAAUUUCAAAAAUUUUAUCAAACUUUAAAAGUGCCCUAGUAUAUUAAGUUUUAUUUCCUAUUAGACAAUAGUUUUAACCAUUUAAUUUUUAAUGAAGAAUUAACUGAAUUUCUAUACUAAAAUUAUUAUUGACUAUCGUUAUGGAUAUUUUGUUAAUGCUAUUAAUACCUUAUAUUAUUAAUAAGAGUUAUGAACAAUAUUUUGUUAUCUUUUAAAAUUUAGUAAAU